AAAAACGUUAAUCAUACAAACGUGGAAUCGAUUUCCGUGUUCUCCGUCUCUGUUGAUUAAAGUCUCCUCUUUUGUAUUUCUCUUUUUCAUUUUCCAGGAAAAUUUUGGCGCUGAUGGGUCGGAUAGGGUUAUUUGAUCUGGAGAAGCAUUUUGCCUUCUACGGUGCAUAUCAUAGCAACCCAAUUAAUAUAUUGAUACAUACUUUUUUUGUGUGGCCAAUCCUUUUCUCUACUCUUCUUCUUGUCUACUUCACGCCCUCUUUUUUCGAUUUCCCAUCUGGGUUUGACCAUGGCCAUGGACUUAUUUUGAAUUUGGGUUUCGUUUUGACUGUUAUCUAUAGUCUGUUCUAUAUAUGUUUGGACAAGAAAGCUGGCUCUUUGGCUGCUUUGCUCUGUUUUCUUUGUUGGGUCGGAGCCAGUCUUCUUGCUCAACACCUCGGUUUCUCAGUAGCAUGGAAGGUUGGGCUGGCAGCUCAAUUGUUCUGUUGGACAGGGCAGUUUAUAGGACAUGGGGUGUUUGAGAAACGUGCACCAGCUCUUCUGGACAACCUUGUUCAAGCCUUCUUGAUGGCUCCUUUCUUUGUUUUGCUCGAGGUUCUUCAGUCGUCUUUGGACUAUGAACCCUAUCCGGGGUUUCGCUCAACUGUGGAAGCAAGGAUUAGUGCUAAUAUCCAAGAGUGGCAAGAGAGCAAGAAUAAGAAAAUCUCUUAAAAAUGGGGUUGAACAUAUUUAGAUGACAUGUUUAAUACAUUUAGAUGAUUAAGAACAGCCAACUGAUUGUACACUUUUUCUCAUGUUAAUAAUGUAUGUGCCUUUGCAAUCUAUGCCAAGGUCCAAAAAUUAUAGUGCUUCAGUAAAAUUUGAUACAAGAAAUGAGCAGAUUUGGUCCGGUCUGC